AUGCCGAAUAACCAACAGGAACUAGAACAAGGAACCAAGCAUCACAAGAGAACACCUGUAGCGAUCACCGUACAGCUUAGCAGAUCGACCUCCUCCACGACAAAAAUAAGGAAGUCAUCUCCAGCAGACUGGUCCAUAUACAGGAACUCUUGCAUGCCGAGUAACCAACAGGAACUAGAACAAGGAACCAAGCAUCACAAGAGAACACCUGAAGUGACCACUGGACCACUUAGCAGAUCAACCACCUGCACGACAAAAAUAAGGAAGUCAUCUCCAGCAGACUGGUCCAGAUACAGGAUCUCUUGCAUGCAAAAGAACCAGGCAUGA